AUGAACGGGAACAAUCCAGACAAGUACAAGUACAGAAUAGAGAUCCAACAGAUGAUGUUUGUCAGUGGUGAAACAAACGAUCCACCAAUUGAAACAACUUCAUUAAUUGAAGAUAUUGUAAAAGGUCAAGUUGUGGAAAUUAUUAUACAAUCAACAAGAACUGCAAAUUCUAGAGGAAGUAAAUCCAUAUUACCUGAAGAUAUUAUAUUUCUGAUAAGAAGUGAUAAGGCAAAAGUUAAUAGAUUAAGAACUUAUUUAUCUUGGAAAGAUGUUCGUAAAAAUGCUAAAGAUCAGGAAGCUGGUGGUGUGGAAGGUACUGAUUUAAUUGAUGAUUCUAUUGGUCAAGCUGGUAAGAAUACAAAUGAUAUGAUGAAAUUGAAAAAAUCCAAGAUUAGAUUACCAUGGGAAAUUCAAUUUAUGUUUAGUGAACAACCUUUAGAUGAUGAUAAUGAAGAACCUGAUGAUGCUGAACGUGAAGCUACUUUAGUUUCAUUGAAAAGAUUGAAAACAGCGGAUGAUAGAACUAAAAAUAUGACAAAGGAUGAAUAUGUUCAUUGGUCUGAAUGUCGUCAAGCUUCAUUCACAUUUCGUAAAGGUAGAAGAUUUAAAGAUUGGGCUGGGUUUUCAUCAUUAACUGAUGGGAAACCAAGUGAUGAUGUUAUUGAUAUUUUGGGGUUUUUAACUUUUGAAAUUGUAUGUUCAUUAACUGAAGAAGCUUUAAUUGUUAAACAAGAAGAAGAAAGUUUAAAUAAAUUAAGUAUAAGUGCUAAACAAACUAAUGAUAAUAAGAAGAAAAGAAAACAUUUAUUUGAUGGUCCUGAUGAAACUGCAAAACCUAUAUCUACAGACCAUAUAAUUGAAGCUUGGAGAAGAUUACAAAAAAUUACACCGGCUCAUAAAGCUUUAAGAAAUUUUAGAGGUGGUAGAUUAUUAUCUACAACAAAUGUUAUAUGA